ACUUUUGAAUUAAAUAAACUAAAAUCAUCAUUAAAAUACACAACAAGAGAACUUAGGAGUUAGGACCGCUGUCUUGUCUUGACUGUAUCUUCUAAUGGCUUUCCAUGCCAACUUUUGCCGUUUUCCCACCACUCGCAUCGACGUUCCUUCUCCGGAUAGAAUCCGGUGCAGGAAAGUAUUUCCGGUCCGUUGUUCAGCUGACUCUGAUUUUGAUCCAAAGGUGUUCCGAAAGAACCUCGCCAGGGGUGAGAAUUAUAACCGCAAAGGCUUUGGACGCAAGGAAGAGACUCUCAAACUCAUGAAUCACGAGUACACCAGUGAGAUCAUUGAAACAUUGAAGAAAAAUAGGAAUGAGUAUACAUGGGGUAAUGUCACUGUGAUGCUAGCUGAAGCCUUUGGCUUUUGUUGGGGAGUUGAGAAGGCUGUUCAGAUUGCUUAUGAGGCCAGAAAACAGUUUCCUAAUCACAAAAUUUGGAUUACCAAUCAAAUCAUCCACAACCCAACUGUUAAUAAGCGCCUAGAGGAGAUGAAAGUGGAGAAUAUUCCUAUUGCAGAAGGAAAGAAACAAUUUGAGGUUGUCAACAAGGGUGAUGUAGUCAUUUUGCCUGCUUUUGGAGCCGCAGUCGAUGAGAUGUUGACUUUGAGUGAGAAAAAAGUUCAAAUUGUUGAUACAACUUGCGAGUGGGUUUCGAAGGUAUGGAAUGUUGUCGAGAAGCACAAAAAAGGAGAUUAUACCUCGAUAAUUCAUGGUAAAUAUGCCCACGAGGAAACUGUCGCAACUGCGUCUUUUGCUGGAAAAUACAUAAUUGUAAAAAAUAUGGGAGAGGCUAAAUAUGUUUGCGAUUAUAUUCUUGGUGGUGAACUUAAUGGAUAUAGCUCAACCAGAGAGGCAUUUUUCGAGAAAUUUAAAUUUGCAGUUUCUAAGGGCUUUGAUCCAGACAAUGACCUGAUAAAGCUUGGCAUUGCAAAUCAGACAACAAUGCUCAAGGGAGAGACUGAAGAGAUUGGGAAACUUGUGCAGUGGACUAUGAUGCGCAAAUUUGGCGUGGAAAACGUUAAUGAGCACUUCAUAAGCUUCAACACAAUUUGUAAUGCUACUCAGGUGAGACAAGAUGCUAUUUACAAGCUGGUAGAUAAAGAUAUGGAUCUCAUGUUAGUAGUCGGUGGCUGGAACUCGAGCAAUACUUCGCACCUUCAAGAGAUAGCCGAGGAACGUGGAAUUCCUUCUUACUGGAUUGACAGUGAGCAAAGAAUUGGUCCAGGAAAUAAAAUAGCAUACAAGUUGAAUCAUGGCGAGCUUGUCGAGAAAGAAAACUGGCUGCCAAAGGGUCCAUUGAAGAUUGGUGUAACAUCAGGUGCAUCCACACCAGACAAGGUAGUGGGAGAUGCACUUAUCAAGGUGUUUAACUUGAAAAAGGAAGAAGGAUUGCAACUCCCAUAAAGCAGAGCUGAAUACAUACAUCGUUAAAUGUAAAAAUAACAGGAAGGAUUUCAAUUUCAGCAUCUGUUACAGUUCGACUUGUAGAUUUUAUCAAAGACAAAUCUUAAUAAGUGCUACGGUUAAGGGACUGAUUUGUGUGAGAUUGAUAAAGUGGGAGGUAAACUCCUACAAGUCCGUAUUGACGCUGUCAGUAUUCAGAUGUAAUUCUCAUCAUUCAUCCUAUUUGUAUCAGAUAAGGAGUAAAUGCUGUAAUGCUAAUGAAGUUGCUUAUGUUACAUUUCCUAUCAUCUUAUCAUUCUUAUGUAUAUUGAUUAAAAUGGUACUAUGUAAUGCCCAUAUUGAGGCUUGGGUUUUGAGUUAUCAGAACUAUUUGUACUUUCGUAAAGUGUAUGACAUUUGGUAUGUUGGUCUUACCAACAUUUUGUUUACCAAAACAUCUUCAAUGUGCAUUUAUGUUGUGUGUUGUGUAA